AUGGCGCCAAAUCUGCAGCUUGGCCCCUCACAGGCUUCACCAUCUGAGACAGCCAUGUUCAAUCUUCUGAAGGCGAACCUCGAGUUUCCGGCUAGCUCAACGGUAAAGGCUAAGAAGCUUGUUGACGACAUGAUCUUCAUUUACACAUCGACUGAGGAUAGCCCUUACUGCUCCUGGCAGCUCUGGCCUAUGGUCGUCGCUCUCGCUGCAUGCAUUCCACCCGACCACGAAUGGCAGGCCAGCCUCGUAGAGGCGCUGCACCUUGUCCGCCAGUUGGAUGACUCUGUCGCAAAAGAUGAUAGUGGAGAGCCGUUCAACAAACUACCAGACCUCCUCAUGACGAUUACCGAAUACUGGCAUGGAUUUCACAAUAUUUUUACCAUAGAGGACAGUGAUCCUCUUGAACCUGGCCAGCUUGAACAGCUCGCGAGAUGGAAGAGUGUAAAUUCGUUUCUUGCUAGAGUUACUACAGACGAUUAUGUUGAGCUGCUAAAUUCAGGAAUCGACCAAGUGGCCAUAGCACUCGAAUCGGAGCCUGCCAAACAAGAGCCUGUGGCAGCGUGCUACAUUUGGGUAGCAACCGAAUGGAUCAUUCAUUGUGGAAGCAUCAUUUUCAAGCUAAUGCAAGGAAAUCCCAAGAUAUCCUAUGAUCUUCAAGGCACUGGAAGUCUUUGCAAGGAUGCCCCCCCGCAGAGCACUCAGAGAUGGGAGUUCUGGAAAGAGCGGCUAGCAGAAUUUAAGGGAGAUACUCUCAUAACGUCACGGGUUCAAGAAACUAUCAAGGUAAUGAAUGAGAUCCAAAGCAAUAAACAACAAGAGGAGUAA